AUGGCGUACUCAGUGGACGUCGACGAGGCCGAUGUCGCCGUGCUUAACCAGAACUUGACGAAGUCACGUGAGCUGUUCGACCAUAUCCAGAAGCUGCUCCAUAUCAUCCUGGCGCGCCUGGCCAACCUGGCGACGUCGAUCAAGCCGAUCUUGCUGAGCGUCAAUCGCCUUAAUCUCCAAAAGCAACAGAUUCUGGAGGGGCUAGCAUUGCUCCAGGACGUGUCGGAGGCCGCGCUGCAGAUCCAUGGCUACGAACAGACCCUCCUGAACUCAGUGGAAUACACGGGGCUCCGCCAGUAUUUGGCGGCGGUGGACGAGGCGAAACAGUUGCUUGUUGAGCUUAAACCGAAGCUUAAACGGUUUACCAACGUGCUCAUUCUGUUUGAGACGUUAAUUGAUAAGGCUAACAUUAAAGUGCAGACGUAUUUCCAGAGCGUGAUGAAGGCGGAGGCGUCGACGUUGAUUGGCGACAACGCCAAGAUGAACGAGGCCAAGACGGUGCUUGCCUAUUUUGGCGAGCAACAAGGGUCGCAGAUGGCGCAGCUCUUCGUCCCGGGGCGUCGCGACAUGUUGGUGGCGAAGGCACGGCUGUGGGCGAAGCUGUGUCGCCCCGUCGAGCGCCCCGCCAACAUCCCCUACGAGCGCGGGUCUAACGGCAUCAACCAGUUUAAUAACGAGCUCAUCAAGACGAUUAAGGACGAGGCACAGAUGUUUAAGCUGUUGGGUUUACCGCAGGACCAAUUGCGCCAGGCGGUGACGUCGGUGAUCAACGAAGUGUACGUGGGGUCAGUGAUGCGCGAAUACUACCAGUUCUUCGACCUGCCCCAGCUGCUUGUGACUAACGACCUUCUCGCGCUUGAGAUCAUCGACAAUACGCUCCAUUUCGAUAAGUUUGUCGAAAACUACGGCCUAGACUCGGUGGAGUUCGGCACCUCGGUGUCGGGUUUCGUCAAGAAGGUGCUGCCGUUAUUCCGCGAGUACUUCCGGGUGAUCGAGAGCAAAUUCGCCGCUGCCGGUCCCUUGACCGACGUCAACAUCCCCCAGCUCUGUGUCGAGCUCGUGCUGAAGUUGCGUCGGGUGCUGGAGACGCCCGACGCGCUUUUGGCGAUGAUUGUCCACUACAAGCUUGGCGACUGGUUGGUGCUUACGCCGCCGGCGCGGUUUGUGCUGGUGUACCUGUCGCUCAUCCCCAAUCUGGGCGACGAGGCGCUGCCGCAGUUUUUGCUCUCGCUGUUGUUCAGCGACAUUAUCGACGCCAUCAUGAUCAACAUCGAGAUGGGGGUGAAGCAGAACGACAUCGGGUUCAAAAAGCUGACCCAGGGGUUCUUGCUUGUUAAAAACUUGGUGAUGGUGGAGACAAUCAUCAACAAGCUGCCGACGCUCUACCAGUGUCUCGGGCUGAUUGGGAUGGAGCGCGUCAAUAAGCUCAAGAACCGGUUCCUCAAGCUUUUCCUCGACGACUGGAACUACGCGCUGUACAUCAUCAUCCGCGACAUGACGCUGAUCGCGACGCUGCUGGCGCACCAAGGGGGGCUGAAGCUGGGGCUGACGCUGACGCUGGUGGCGGCAACCAACUUGACGCUGAAGGAAAAAGACCAAGUGAAAGAGCUUUUCCGCACCUUCAACGAGCUGUUUGAGGACGCGUUGCGCAACUAUGAGAAGCACCCCAUCAGCGACCAGAACUUGCGCAGCUACUUGGCGCUGGAAAUCAAAAAGCUCAUCACUCUGGCGUACUUCAAGCUUUACGACAAGUACGGUAACUCUGACUUUACCAAGAACAAGGCGAAAUACGUCAAGUACAACAAACAGCAGUUUGAACAGGUGCUCAACCAACGGUUGUAA